GCAAAAACCCAGGAGAGCUCACGGCGGGUCCUCUCGAGCUUUGCGCGCAGCACUCCCGAGCAGGAGACGGAACGCUUUGCCAAAAAGAACAACGGGAAAACUAAAAACACCAUGGAAGACAAAUCGAAUUCGUUCUCCAGCAACAAGGAGGAGAAGGCGGAUGGAAAUAAUGUUUUUCAGAGGCAAGACUCGAUACAGAAAAAUAACACGGGGAGCCAGAACAUGAAGGACCACGGCAACUCAGUGGGCUUCAAGGGGGAGCGGGAAGAGGCCAUGGCCGGUUUUGACGAUCUGGACGAGGAGGACAGGCAACAUGGUUUUAUGCAGAGGCAAUUUGGGGCCAUGAUGCAGCCCGGAGUGAAUAAGUUCUCCUUGCGUAUGUUCGGCAGUCAAAAAGCCGUGGAGAAGGAGCAAGAGAGGGUGCAAACGGCCGGAUACUGGAUCAUUCAUCCAUAUAGCGAUUUUAGGUUCUACUGGGACUUGAUCAUGCUCAUCAUGAUGAUGGGGAAUCUAAUCAUCAUUCCUGUGGGAAUAACCUUCUUCUCAGAGCAGACCACCACCACCUGGCUGGUCUUCAAUGUGGCCUCGGACACCAUCUUCCUGGUGGACCUGGUCAUGAACUUCAGAACGGGGAUCGUCAACGAGGAGAGCUCCGAGAUCAUACUCGACCCCAAGAUCAUCAAGAUGAAUUACCUGAAAAGCUGGUUUGUUGUGGACUUCCUCUCCUCCAUUCCAGUGGAUUAUAUCUUUUUAAUAGUGGAGAAAGGCUUUGACUCGGAGGUUUAUAAAACAGCCCGUGCCCUGCGAAUCGUCCGCUUCACCAAGAUCCUCAGUCUUCUGCGUCUGUUGAGACUGUCCCGACUCAUCAGAUACAUACAUCAGUGGGAGGAGAUUUUCCAUAUGACCUAUGACCUGGCUAGUGCAGUGGUAAGAAUAUUUAAUUUGAUAGGGAUGAUGCUGCUUCUGUGUCACUGGGAUGGCUGCCUCCAGUAUCUGGUGCCUCUCCUCCAAGACUUCCCCCCUGACUGCUGGGUGUCCCUAAACGGUAUGGUUAACGUUUCCUGGGGUAAGCAGUACUCUUAUGCCCUCUUCAAAGCCAUGAGCCACAUGCUGUGCAUCGGGUAUGGCGCCCGGGCCCCGGUCAGCAUGUCCGACCUGUGGAUCACCAUGCUGAGUAUGAUCGUAGGGGCCACGUGCUACGCCAUGUUUGUGGGCCACGCCACAGCUCUGAUUCAAUCACUGGACUCAUCGCGCAGGCAAUACCAGGAGAAGUACAAACAAGUGGAGCAAUACAUGUCCUUCCACAAGCUUCCAGCAGACAUGCGGCAGAAAAUCCACGACUACUAUGAGCAUCGCUACCAAGGCAAAAUCUUUGAUGAGGACAACAUCCUGAGUGAACUCAACGACCCUCUGAAGGAGGAAAUUGUUAACUUUAACUGCCGUAAGCUCGUGGCCACCAUGCCUUUGUUUGCCAACGCGGACCCCAACUUCGUGACGGGGAUGCUGAGCAAGUUAAAGUUUGAAGUCUUUCAACCAAACGACUACAUCAUCCGGGAAGGCACGGUGGGGAAGAAGAUGUACUUCAUUCAACAUGGUGUUGCGAGUGUCAUCACCAAGUUCAGCAAGGAGAUGAAGCUGACGGAUGGAUCCUACUUUGGAGAGAUCUGUCUGCUCACCAAGGGCAGACGAACAGCGAGUGUGCGUGCAGACACCUACUGCCGACUCUUCUCCCUCUCUGUUGAUCAUUUCAAUGAGGUGCUAGAAGAGUACCCCAUGAUGCGACGCGCUUUCGAAACUGUCGCCAUUGACCGUUUGGACCGCAUUGGGAAGAAGAACUCCUUGCUGCUGCAGAAGUUCCAGAAGGAUCUGAACGCCGGCGUCUUCAACACGCAGGAGAACGAGAUACUGAAGCAGAUAAUCCGUCAGGACAGGGAGAUGGUGAUGAUGGUGGACCGCAAGCAGUCAGUCACCGGGAUGAACUUAACUCCAGUGUCAGGAAACUCCAUCAUUAACUCACCGGCUCAGCCUCCCUUCCCCACUGCCUUCGGCACCAAUCAGUUUCAGCAGUCCUCUGUUCCCAUGACCUUCAGUGCUUCAGCUAUAGCCAAUGCCUCUGCUGCCCGCAUGCUGCCAGCCGCCGCCGCUGCGGCGCAGGGGGUCUAUCCGGCCCCCAGCAUGUCCCACGGCAGCCUGAAUUCCUCCUCCAUGAACCCACAAGGAGCGAUCAUGUCGCCCUGCUCCUUCACGGCUGCCAUGUGCAGUCCCUCCGUGCAGACCCCUCUGGCGGGCCGGAGCUUCCAGUACGGCUCGCGCACAGGCUCCCAGUUGUCGCUCCUCCAGCAGCCCAUUGCUCAAGCGGCUCUAUCCGCCCAGCAGCCCGCUGUGUCUCCUGCAGCCUCCUCCUCCUCCCAGCAGCCCUCGCCUCAGCAGCAGCAGCAGGUCCCCUCGCCUCAGCGGGUGGACAUCCACAAGAGCACACAGGCUCUGCAGUCGGGCAGCUUGAGUCGAGAUGUGAGACAUUUAUCGGCCUCCCAACCAUCACUGCCACAUGACACGUCUCUCGGCCCCAGAGUGCACCCGGCCUCAGGAGACUCUCUGGCCUCCAUCGCUCCUCCGGCGGCGGCGGCGGCGGCGGCGGCAGCAGCGAUCCAGGGAAUGAGUCUGCAGAGCGGCAUCCGCACCACAGUGCCCCAGCGUGUCAAUCUAUUCCGGCAGAUGUCGUCCGGAGCCCUGCCCCCGGUGCGCUCGGCCGCGGCGGCAGCAGCAGCUGCAGCGGCGGCGGCGGCGGCAGCUUCAUCUUCUUCAUCCUCGACCCAGCACAGGGAAUCCCCCGGAUCUAGGAGAGAUUCUGUCCUGAGCAGUACGGAGACUGAGCAAGACAAGAUGCGUUUUGCAUCAAAUUUAUGA